AUGACUCGCCAGCUUCAACCAGGAAUUUACGCUCCAACCCAGGUCUUCUACCACGAAUCAACCCAAGACCUAGACAUUUCUACUAUCGAGAAACAUGCCGUCCGGCUCGCCCGUGCUGGGAUCUCCGGCAUAGUCACUAACGGCUCUAAUGGCGAGGCCGUCUACCUCACUACACAGGAGCGCCUUCAAGUCACCCGGAUCACACGCAACGCCCUUGAUAUAGCCGGGUUCGCGAAUGUGAGCCUUCUAGUUGGUACCUCAAAUGAAUCCGUCAUAGGGACGCUGGAGUUAUGCCAGGAUGCUGCGGAGGCGGGGAGAUGCAGUAUUGCCGUGUCGGGAAUCGAUAUCGAUUCGGACACUUUGAUCAAGCUAGCAGAGCACCCGAAUAUUGUGGGGACUAAGUUCACGUGUGGGAACGUCGGGAAACUCGCACGGGUCGCUAGCGCAACGAAGUCCGUAUCGGAGCUUUUCACGCGCAGAGAUGCCGAAUCUAUAUCGCCGUACUUUUCUUUCGCUGGCAUUGCCGAUUUUAUAUCACCGUCCGUCGGGGUUGGGGCAAGCGGAGCUAUUGUUGGGGCCGCCAAUGUCUUUCCCCGCGCCUGCGUUAACGUUUAUAACCUUGCGGCUGCUGCAAUCACAGCUUGGAUAAACGCCGGAAAUGGCAGCGCUAGCAACAUGACCCCUCUGAGUGACAUCGACGAAAUCUGCAAGCUAUGCCACCAGUUUACCUCCGAUCUGAUAACAUUCGGCUUCAAGGCACAGCAAGCCUACCCGGACCGCUGGGUUAAGCAGCCGAACGGGUUCUAUAGUGACUGGAAUGAUGCCUUCCACCACUACGACACUUAUGCUCAGCUUCUAGAGAGUCGCGUUGAUUUGCUCCCUCAAAACUUUCAGGACGCCAUUAUCCUAACGCGGGAACUGGGCUUGCGCUACCUAUGGAUUGACGCACUCUGUAUCAUCCAGGACUCGGAGGACGACUGGAAGAAUGAGGCCAUCAAGAUGGCUGAAAUUUACUCUAGUGCCGUCGUUACCAUCUCUACGCUCAAUUCGGACCGGUCCACAACCGGCUUCUUGCGGCCGCGGGAAUCUGGAGCCGCGCUUGUGAGUCCGGACUUCGCCGUGCAACCUUACCAUGGCUCACUACUAGAUGCGCUAGAAGCAUCCACUCUCAACACUCGCGGCUGGUGCAUGCAGGAGCGGCUACUAAGCCCCGCGCUCCUGCACAUCGGCGAUGCCCAACUAUUCUGGGAAUGCCGCACCGGAUAUGGCGCCGAGAGCGGUUCGUUUGAUAUCAACCACGACCGUGUUGGCGCCAGCCUCAACUACACCACGCGCGAGUUCAUCCGCCUGCGCAAACGCUUUGUGCCUCAUGCCUGGCAGGGUUGGCAAACGUGGUACGACCUCGUUUCAGAGUAUACCCUGCGGAACCUCAGCUUUGCUUCCGACAAAUUCCCCGCUCUUGCCGGCGCGGCCCGCAUUUUCCAGCACGGCGCCACAUUCCGUGAAGACGGGGACGAUGAUAAAAGGGCGCAACAUACGUUGCGGGCAGAGUUUUCAAGCCGGUUCUCCCUCAAGGAGGUUAUAUUAUAA